AUGGAUAGGCAGGUUUUUUGAAAUUUUUCUUGCAUACACAACGUUACUACCAAUAGGACACAAUAGAAACACACAACCAUCACAUACCUAAUCCCGUUACUUUAAAUGCAAGUAAUAGGGCAGGGCAAGCCUCGGGCACUGCACAAAAUAAACAUCAAGCAAAGAGGGGAAAAAAAAAUUGAUCAAGAAGGACACAAAGGAAGUCAGAAAGAACUUCAACACGCCGAGGAAUAGUAAGUCUGUAGUUCUAAUGCACGUUGUGGAAGGCCUUUUCCAACCCACCUUGGGAGAAGAGGCGAGACUGCCUAUGCUUUACCCACCGGGCGUGGUUGAUGAUUGGUCUCCGGAGUUGGAGGUGUCUAACGAGGAAGUGACCAGGGUUGUCCUAGCAAGGAUAUGGAGGGGGGUAUACGAGGAGUUCGCUCCCAGACGAACAGGCCUGUAUGACAGAUGCUUGGCCUAG